AUGGCGGAAGAAAGUCUGAUGGAAGGCGAAGAUGAAAAUAUUUUAUAUGAUUUAUUGGUUAUCACUGAAUGGCCGCCGGAGACGGACACGCAGCUGCGAGGCAACAAGGAGCACAACAGCUCUGUGAUCGCCAAAGCAGUGACAGGGCCGUUCCGGUUGAUCCUUCACUAUUUGUGGUACAGCCCGUCCAGCUCGUCGCUGCCCUUCGGUCUCGUCCGUCUGGCGAACAAACAGAUCAACUGGCAGCUGGUGCUCGCAAGUAACGGGAAGCUGCUGGCGGUGGUUCAGGACCAGUGUGUGGAAAUCAGGUCCGUGAGGGAUGACUUUGGAUCGGUCAUCGGGAAAUGUCAGGUUCCGAAGGAUCCGAACCCCCAGUGGCGCCGGGUGGCCUGGAGCUACGACUGCACCCUGCUGGCCUACGCCGACAGCACCGGCACCGUCCGGCUGUUCGACCUGAUGGGCAGCGAACUCUUCGUCAUCCCGCCGGCGGUGAGUUUUCCGGGGGAUUUCAGCUGCGCGGUGGCCGGCCUCAUCUUCCUGGAGUACACGGCGAGCGCUCAGUGGUCAGCCGAGCUCCUCGUUAUCACGCACGGAGGCGGACUCAAGAGCUACUUAGUCAGCGUGGGAACCAACCAGAACUUCCAGGAGAACCACGCCUUCAGCUUCAGCGCCCACCACUCCGGCGGCAUCACGUCGGCCAUCUACCACCCCGGCCACCGCCUGCUGCUGGUGGGGGGCUGCGAGUCGGGCGACGAUGGAACAUCCAAGGCCUCCUGCUGCGGCAUCACGGCCUGGAGGACGCUGUCUGGUUCCCCACACUACAAACAGGUCACCAGCUACGAGGACGACGUCGGCACGAGUCAGAAGAGAGGCUUCUUCAGGAUGCCCAGCUUCAGGCUGUUUUCCAGACAAGGAGAUGAGAAGGACGGGGUUUUUAGGAUGAGUCUGAGUCCUGACGGCGCCCUGCUGGCUGUGAUUCACUUCUCUGGACGCCUGAGCCUCUGGGACGUCCCCUCCCUGAAGCAGAGGGCGGCCUGGAGCCAAGACCAGCAGCCAGGAUUUGAGGAGAUCAACCCGGAGUGGAAGACGUCGCUGGAGAGGAGGAAGAAAAUAAAAGACAAGGAGCAGUACUUCCCCCUGGUGGACGUGAGCUGGUGGAGCGACAACGUCCUGAUCCUGGCCCGCUGCUCCGGUUCCGUCACCGUCUCGUCGGUCCGGACGCUGAGGAACCUGCUGGGGAAGUCCUGCGAGUGGUUCGAGCCGUCGCCUCGGCUCACCGCCGCCCACGACGGCGGCUUCCUCAGCCUCGAGUGCGAGGUGAAGCUGGCCCAGAAGCGAGGCCGCCUGGAGAGCAGCCUGAGCGGCGGCGAGGACGAGGACGGCGACGAUGGCGGCGACUCGGACUCGGACGAGGAGUCGUCGGCGAAGGCGCGCUACUUCGGCUACAUCAAACAGGGCCUGUACUACGUGACGGAGAUGGAGCGCUUCGCCCCGCCGCGGAAACGCCCGCGGACCGUCACCAAGAACUACCGGCUGGUGAGCCUGAGGUCGACCACGCCGGAGGAGCUCUACCAGAGGAAGAUCGAUAACGAGGAGUACGGCGAGGCGCUGUCGCUGGCUCAGGCCUACAACCUGGACUCUGACCUGGUCUACCAGAGGCAGUGGAGGAAGAGCACCGUCAGCAUCGCCUCCAUUCAGGACUACCUGAGCAAGAUCCGCAAGCGCUCGUGGGUUCUGCACGAGUGCGUGGAGCGAGUCCCGGAGAACGUGGACGCUGCCAAAGAGCUGCUGCAGUACGGCCUGAAGGGAACCGACCUGGAGGCGCUGAUCGCCAUCGGGAACAGGGAGGACGGAGGCAGGUUGACUCUGGAGCAGAAGGAGUUGUGUCGGAGUCGACUGAAGCUGCUGUCCUACCUGGACCGGCUGGCCACCUACGAGGAGAUACUCGGCGGUCCUCACGCGGCGGAGCAGAAGUACGACGCCGAGUUCUUCAAGAAGUUCCGGAGUCAAAAUAUUGUUCUGUCAGCAAGAAACUACGCCAGGGAGAGCAACGUUCAGGCUCUGGACAUUCUGUUCACGUACCACGGAGCAGAACUCCUCCAGCACCGGCUCGCCAUCCUUUACAACUUCCCAGAAACCACCUCUCCACACGAGUACACCGUGCUGCUGCCUGAAGCCUGCCUGGACGAGCGAGGGGAGCUGGCGCUGAUUCCGUGGGACGAGCAGAGGCACCGAGAGCUGGACUGGUGUGAAGCCGACGACUGCAGAGCCGUGCUGGAGCAGAACCUGUUCGACGACGACAGCUUUCUGUACGAAGACGCUCCGGAGCUGCUGAGGUUCAGAACGGCUUCGCCCUGCAUCGAGCUGCUGACCGACUGGUACCAGAGCCGAGCCCAGGACAUCGACUCCUGCUCCAGACAGUCCAGCCCCGAGCGCUACGUGAAGGACUGUUUCCAGUGGAUGGUUCCCUUCCUGCACCGCUGCGAGCGACAGAAAGAGGGCGCCGCCGAGUCUCUGCUGGGAGAGUACCUGGUGGGCCUGGCCCGGAGAGACCUGACGCUGCCCCUCAUCAUCUUCCAGCACUCCAAACCUGACUGCCAGCAGAAGAUCAUCGGAGACCCCGACCAGCUGAUGUCCGUCGCUCUGGACUCCAUCUACAACUGCGAGAGAGACGACCAGCUCAGCCUCUGCUACGACGUCCUGGAGUGUCUGCCGCAGAGAGGAUACGGACGAGAGACGGACGUCACUGCUUCCCUCCACGAUCAGGUGGACAAGCUGGAGAAACACCUCAGCGUGGCAGAAGUUCUGGAGAAGCACGGCCUGCAGAAGCCCAUCUCCUACGUGAGGAACAGCCAGAACAGCGAAGAAGAGGCUCAUCAGCUGAUGGUCAAACUGUGCCGACACACCGGACGCAAUAAACCCCAGAAGUACCGUAAUGAGCCUGUAAACAUGCAGCUUGUUUCUCUUCAGGUGAGUCAGGACGUCCCCGUCAGCUUGUCUUUCCGAGGUAAAGGCUACGCCCUGAAGGUUUCCUACGACAGCAGCGUGGAUCUGGUUCUGGCUGCUGCCAGAGAGUACUUCAACUCGUCCACGGCGCUCACGGACCCCUGCAUGGACCUGGCCAGGGCGUGUCUCCAGCUGAUCUCCGACUGUCCUCCGAGCGUCCAGGAGGAGCUGGACCUGAUCAGCGCCCUCAGUCAGCUGGAGGACUUCAGCGUCAACAUCCUGCCGCUGCAAGUUCGUCUUCGGUCCAACCGACUGUCUCUGAUAGAAGAAUGCAUCUCCAGCUGCAGCUCGGCCUACAGACAGUCCACCACGCUGCUGAGCCUGGCGGCGCUGCUCCGAGUGGCAGGAGACGACGAGGCGGCGAGGAAAGGCCAGGUCCUGACGCUGCUGGCCGAGCAGGCUCUGCAGAACCUGGACUUCAAGGCCUCGUACAUCCACUGCCAGGACGUCAUGGCUGCAGGCUACGGUCCGGCCUGGGACGUCUGCAGUCUGCUGGGUCAGUGUGAGGGCUACGGAGACCUGGAGGCCCGGCAGGAGCUGCUGGCCUUUUCUCUGACUCACUGUCCUCCAGACAGCAUCCACGGUCUGCUGGCCGCCUCCAGCGACCUGCAGACUCAGGUUCUGUACCAGGCCGUUAACUACCAAAUGGAGCCGGUCAUCGCCGACGCCGGACCCGAUGAGACGGACUCGGCGAAGGUCUGUGUCCUCCUCCUCGUUGCUCGCGGCGGCGGAGAGGCCGACCGGGAGGCAGCGAACGAGAACCUGGAGCUCCAAGGCUGCAGCCCCUUUUACGAGGAGCUCAUGGAGGACCCCUACGUGGACUUGACUCAGGAUGUUUACUCGUCCUUCAGAGAAGUUCCUCAGGAAAACUUUGCCGAGGUUUUGCUCCGGACGGGGAAACUGGCCGAGGCCAAGACUGAAGGAGAGACUCUGUUUCCUGCUACCGAGGUGCUGCUGCAGCUGGCCAACGACGCCUUUCCCAGGGACAUGAUGCUGGCUCUGUCCUACUUACUGGCCCUGCCUCAGGUUCUGGACGCCAACCGGUGCUUCGAGCAGCAGCGCGGCUCGGCGCUGUCGCUGCAGCUGGCCGCCUACUACUACGCCCUGCAGAUAUACGCCCGCCUGCUGCCCUGCUUCAAGGACAAGAACCACACUCUGUACCAGGCCGACCCCAAGGAGCUGAUCCGAUUGGUCACCCAGCACGUGUCCUCCGGCUCCGAUUGGCCGGAGGAGCUGCAGAAGCUGAUUGGCCAGCUGCAGGUGUACAACGAGCGGCUCACGGACUUCACGCAGGCCCAGGUGCUGCAGGGUUUGGGCCGCGGCGUCGACGUGCACCGGUUCAGCUCCGACGGGGAGUACAAGAAGGAAACCAUCCUGGGCCUGACCGAGACCCUGGAUGACGGUGUGUAUCGGAUCGCUGUGUCUCUGGCGAAGCGCUACAGUGUUCCUCUGUGGGAGGUUUACAUGACUCACCUGGAGUUCCUGUUCACAGACAGCGGUCUCUCCACCAAAGACAUCGAAGCUCGCAGCGACUCUCUGCGUCUGUUCGAGACUCUCCGGGGCGACCCUCAGGCCUUCUACGGCCACAUGACCAAAUAUGUCCUUCCUACGGUGGAAGGAAGUGACCUCAGCCGCCUGCUCUAUUACUACACCUUGCUGGACGCCGCCGGCUGCGAGCCGUUCGUCGGCGCCGCCAUCAAACCCGAAUCUCACGUCAAGCUGCUGAAGAAGCUGCGAGCCGUCGCCGGUGGUCUGAACUACCGGAAGCUGACUGACGAGUCCUCCGACCCGCUCGCCGCGCUGGAGCCGGUCCUGACCAGUCAGAACGUCCUGUCCGUCUCCAAACUGGCCAAUCGGCUGCCUCGGCCCGGCGCCGGCGGAGCCACGCUAACCUCCAGCGCCGUCCACGCCGUCUGGCUGCAGAAGCUCUUCUGGAAGGGCGACCCUCAGCUGCUGAAGAGGGCGCCGCUCAGCGAGCAGGACUUCCUGCACGCCUACGACACCUGCGCCAAAUACCUGGACCGGCUGCUUCCUGCCGACGCCGUCCACUUCCUGGACAGCAUCACCUUCUCACCGGACGCAGCCGAGCAGCUGAGCGUCCAGACGAGGUCGGAGGUGAUAAAACGAGCCACCAAAGCCCUGCGACAGCUGGCCGAGAAGAGCCGGAGGAGGGACGGCGGCGCGGAGCAGGACGCCUCCGACCCGGCGGGGAUGACGUUUGACGAGGCUCUGACUCACCUGCAGCAGUCCCAGGCUCACCUGGACAGCCUGAGUCACAGCUUCAUCCAGUCGCUCAGAGACAGCCAGCAGGAGCAGCACCGCCGCUACGGUCGACUCUACGAUCUGUCCCGAUCCGACAGGGCCGGGGUUUGCCGGCUGGCCGUCACCAUGGCGACGGACGGGCAGCCUCUGGAUCUGAUUGGACAGCUGCUGUCAGUGGCCGUCGGACCGUCGGACCUGUCGGUCAGGACCGUGCUUCAGGAGGCCGUGGAGAACGUGGUGGCGGCUCUCAGCGGAGACCCGGCCGCCCUGACAAAUUACCCACAACCCCUCGGGGUGCUGGAGGCCAUGGUGACCGCCGUGCACAACAACGUGCAGACCGGCGACAGCGCCGUCACCUCCGACGACCUCCUGGCCUGGCUGCGUCCGUUCUGCGGCGACGCCUCGCUGCCGGUUCGUCCUCGCAUCGACGUGCUGCAGAUCCUGGAGGGAAACUUCAGCCUGCGAGACGCCGACGUGCUGCUGCUGCUGCUGUACAGAACGCAGGCCGUUCUCAAAGACCGAGAGGUCCAGAUCGAAGACGUGGAGAACGAAGACAAACGCUACGAUCUUUUCCAGGAGCUGCUGGAGGCGGCGCAGAAGUGGGAGGACUUCCAGCUGCUGAUGCUCCUCCUGCAGGCGUGGCCUCCAAUGAUGAAACAGGAAGUGGCGGCGUCGGAGCGUAACCCCUGGGUGCUGCUCGCCUUGGCCCUGCUGACCCGCUGCCAGGGGUCGGAGGUGGAUCUGGGUCAGCAGGUCGUCGCCAUGGUGAGGUCGCUGUACGGCACCAAGCACAAGCUGCCCGCUCAGGACUCGGCGUCUCGCUGCGACGGCGAGCUGCUGUCGCUGCUGCUGGAUGCCGGGCUGCUGGUGGGCUGCGUGGCGUCGCCGCUCUACCCGCCGCUCAGCCUCCACCUGCUGCAGCACCAGCAGGACGGCGGCUGGGACGUGGAGGCGGCGGCGGCCCGGCUGGCGGAGGCCGGACACCGGGCCGAGGCCGGGUCGCUGCUGCUGGCCCACCGGGGAGCCCACCCAGGACUCACCACCUUCACCUCGGCGCUGGCCGUCCUCAAGAAGUGGCUGUGAAGGAAGCAGCUGCAGGAGGACGAGGAGUCAGAGUCAACAUGUGAAGGAGGCACUUCUAAGCUCAGAUCUGAAACCAGCUUUUAACCCUCUGAACCUAAAAACCACCAGAAGUCCUGCAUGAAUCAGCCAGAAACCUUAAAAACACAAAGAACUGUUGGAUUGUUAGGGUUCUGAUGGACCUUUAUGAUCCAACGUUCUGGUUUUUGUGAUAGUUUCAAACCAGAUUCUGUAAAAACUGAGAAAUUCUGCCCUCGUAGCGCCGACGCCCGUUAGUGGAUCAGACUGUCUCGUUAAGGAGCCAAACCUUCAUGUUUUUAUUAGUUAAACUCUCAGAACACCAAAAUAUCUCAUCUGAGGUCUGAAACACAGACAGAAACGUCAGGUUUCUACGUCUCUGUUGGACCUUGAGCUGCUUUUGUGACGUCCUGUUGACUAAAUGAACCAGAAUUCAGAUUCUUCUUUAACAACAACUUCUUUCUUUUGGGUCUGAUUCAAAAAUUCUCCAAAAAUAAAUCGUUAAAAAGGUUCCAGUCAAAACAUUUCAAUCAUCUCCUCGUUUGUCUUGUUAAAGAAAAAAACAUGUUUUUGAUUAUUUUGACUCUCGAGUGAAAUUUUCUUUUUAGCAAAAUCCCCAAAAUGACAGAAGCGACGUCGGACUUUCAGCUUCCUGACAGCCGAUAAAUGUUUGUUUAUUCAGGAAAUACAAUCAGAUUUAAGCUUGAAAUGAGGAUAUUUUAUCAAAAGCACUAAAUUCUGCUAAGUGUUUCUAAAAAUUCUACAGAAAUAAAUAAUUUGCUUUAAAACAUCCUGUCAUCCUCGGGCUGACAGUGUCAAUGUUUUCAGUUUUUGUAGACGCUUGUCUCACUGGACGGCUAAACAAAACAUAUUUCUGACGACUUCCUGGUUUGUUUUUGAUUUGAACGGCAUUUUUUCUCCUUAAACAGAAUCAAAAAUAGAAGAUUUUAUCACCAAAAACCUGCAUAAGGUCAAAGAAUCUUCAGAAGUUUAAUCAAAUCUGAGCUUAAAAUUCAAACUUGACUUUCAAAAUCACUUUAUUCUGCAAAAAGUCACCUAAAAUAUGUGAUUAGCUCGAACCAGAUUCUGUUAAAGAUAAAAAUAAAACUGUUACUGACGAGCAAAGCGACACGGAAACUAAUCAACCUGCAGAUAUGAAACAUGAGGAGCCUCCAGGUUUCUGUCGGUAACAUCUGUCGGCUCCUGUUUGCUUCAGUUUCUGUUCAACGGUUAAUCCAAUAAAUCCUCCUUUAGUUUCUCUUCUCUCUGGUUUCCGUCGUUCUGAGUUCUGUCUCGUCCUUCGUGUGGUUCUGAGCUGCAGGAUUUUAUCAAACGAGCGUCUGAAGCUCUUCGUCGGGGUUCAGAGGGUUAAAACAGAAACAUCUGCUGCUCGUGAACACGUGAAUCCAGAUGUGACGGUUUUUGCUUCCUGCUAAUAACCUCUAAUUAAGUCAAAUUAACGAGUUGUGCAGCUGCUGAUAAUGGUGAUGAUGAUGAUGAUGAUGAUGAAGAGUAGACACGUUUCACUAAAACA